CGUCAGCCCUUUUACAUUCUGGAUAUCAAUAUUUGUAAUGCAUAUGUUACACAAAAUGGUUGGAAAGAUCAGUACCUACUACCCUUCCUGAUCUGGGCCGUGAUAUUACCUGUAGAAAUCAGUCCGUUGUGUAGCUUCAUAGGUAGGCUAUCGUUUACUUUUCGAGUCUGAGCCAACACAAAUGGCUCCGAGAAAGCCUAGGUCGAUCAGACAUUACCAGUCUAGCGUGUUACCUGUGAGUUGGGUACCUCUGGCUCUGGGAGAGACCACGUAUCUGACGAGAAAGCACCAACAAGUCCACAGAUAAAAUUUGUAUAACGAGGCUUCACUCCGCGUCGGCCGGCUCAACCUAUCCCCCUUACAGGUACCUGAUUCGUGCCAAGUACCAUCACCCAAGCGAAAUCGCAAGACCGAGACGCUUGAUAUCGGUCCCCUACUGACUAUGACCGCUGCGGAGCAAUAUUGAAACGGAAAGCGAUAGACUAGUGUUACCUAUCGUCACCCUCGGCAUCGGCUUGAGCUUGUGCCAGCUGAUGCUGUGCUUCUAUCCUCAUUGAGACACUUGAGUAAUAAUCCCUCAUAUCUCCUUUUUUCACCGCAUUAUAGAUCAGCCUUUUUUUCUCUUUCUUGCUUCACCGUACCUAUAACCAUGUGGUCACCUUCCUCCCAUCAUCAUACUCCUUCGACCGCCUUUCACACACCAGCCAUGGCCAACAAUACAAGCAUAUUUCUCUUCGGAGACCAAACAUUUGACUUUGUGCCAAAGCUGCGCGAACUCUUGACUGUUCAGGACUGUCCUCUCCUGGCAGCCUUCUUGGGCCAGGCUCACUAUGUUGUCCGGGCACAGAUGAUCCGAUCGCUGCCGCCGCAAGAGCACAAACUCUCCAGGACGGCCAACCUGGCUGAGAUGUUGCAAAAGUAUGCCGACGGGAAGUUAAAUCCAGCAUUUCAGACUGCCUUGUCGUGUAUAUCCCAGCUGGGCAGCUUUAUGCAGACAUACGAAGAAGACAGCACAAAGCCCUACCCGCGUGCCAAUGAUAGCUACGUUUUGGGUGUAUGUACCGGCUCGCUUGCCGCCGCUGCCAUCAGCUGCAGCAGCUCUCUCUCAGAACUGCUACCCAUAGCCGUCCAAACAGCCUUGAUAGCAUUCCGUCUUGGCCUCUGCGCACUCGAAAUGCGAGACCGUCUCGAGACAUCGGCUCCCGAUCGUGCACGUCCAUGGUCUGCUGUCGUCUCAGGUCUUAUGCCACAAGUCGCCGAGGCACUCGUGAAGGAGUUCUGUGAUGGGAAUACCCUGCCCAAGACUCGAUAUCCCUGGAUCACAGCUACUGCCGCCAAGUCAACAACUAUCACUGGAAGCCCCCGUGUUCUGGACCAGCUGCUUGCUGCCAAGUCAUUCAGCGGCUACAAAACAACGGUGAUUCCAGUCUUUGUGCCAUCGCACGGCGACCAUCUCUUCACGUCCAAAGACAUCGAUUUCAUCCUGGAGACUACUGCUGUUGAGCCAUGGUCGGGCUACUCAGCCAAGAUCCCUUUCCUGUCAAGCGCGUCUGGCAAGUUAGUGUGGGUGGCAAACUUCAGAGAUCUUGUCGAGCUGGCGCUGUCUCAGUGUCUCCUGGUACCCAUUGGCUGGGACAAGGUUGAGACCGAAGUGCCUCGUCUACUCAAGUCUCGCGGUGUUAGCAGCGCUGUCAUCGCUCCCGUGGGGUCAUCCGCUCAAAAGAGCCUGUCGUCAGCUCUAGCAACAGGCGGUAUCGCCAAUGAAAUUGGGACCGUGACCGGUGGGACCAACAGGUUUUCCCAUCGCCCCGGAAGCAACAGGUGCAAGCUUGCCAUUGUUUCCAUGUCGGGAAGAUUUCCCGAGGCUCAGAGUACUGAUGCCUUCUGGGAUCUCCUAUACAAAGGCGUCGACACGUGCAAAGAGGUGCCACGUCAACGAUGGGACGUCAGAACCCAUGUAGACGACACCGGCAAGGCUCGCAACAAAGGCGCCACACGAUGGGGCUGCUGGCUGGACUUUACAGCUGAGUUUGACCCGCGGUUCUUUAGCAUUUCGCCCAAGGAGGCGCCUCAGAUGGAUCCGGCCCAGCGAAUGUCGUUGAUGUCGACGUACGAGGCCAUGGAGCGUGCUGGCAUCGUCCCCGAUACAACUCCAUCCACGCAGCGCAACCGUAUUGGGGUAUUCCAUGGUGUCACUAGCAACGAUUGGAUGGAGACCAACACGGCCCAGAACAUCGACACGCACUUUAUUACGGGAGGCAACAGAGGCUUCAUCCCCGGCCGCAUCAACUUUUGCUUCGAGUUCUCGGGCCCAAGCUACAGCAAUGACACUGCUUGCUCGUCCAGUUUGGCAGCGAUCCACCUGGCCUGCAACUCGCUCUGGCGCGGUGACUGUGAUACAGCUGUUGCUGGUGGUACCAACAUGAUCUUCACGCCCGAUGGCCACACCGGUCUUGACAAAGGCUUCUUUUUGUCUCGUACUGGAAACUGCAAGCCGUUUGAUGACGCUGCGGAUGGCUACUGCCGUGCUGAGGGUGUUGGCACUGUCUUCAUCAAGCGAUUGGAGGAUGCCUUGGCUGACAAUGAUCCCAUCCUCGCCACCAUCCUCGACGCCAAGACGAACCACUCUGCCAUGUCAGACUCGAUGACGAGACCACACGUCGGCGCUCAAAUCGAGAACAUGACUGCUGUGCUUAGCAGUGCCUGUGUUAGGCCCAACGAGCUGAGCUACAUCGAGAUGCACGGGACCGGCACCCAGGUCGGGGACGCGGUCGAAAUGGAGUCUGUGCUCUCCGUCUUUGCCCCUGACGAGGAGGCUCGUCCCAAGAAUCGCCCAUUGUACGUUGGUUCUGCGAAAGCCAAUGUUGGCCAUGGUGAAGGUGUCUCGGGCGUGACCAGCCUUGUCAAGGUGCUCUUGAUGAUGCAGCACAACACCAUUGUGCCUCACUGCGGGAUCAAGCCUGGAAGCAAGAUCAACCGACAUUACCCUAACCUUGGAGCACGCAACGUCCACAUUGCCCUGGAGCCCAAGCCGUGGCCUCGGUCUAACGAGCCUCGCCGCGUUCUCAUCAACAACUUCAGCGCCGCCGGUGGCAACACGGCACUGCUGGUGGAAGAUGCACCCGAGCGCCAGGACUUUUCUGCACCAGACCCGAGAACCAACCACAUUGUCACUGCUUCUGGCCAUGUGGGAAAGUCGCUCAAGAGCAACCUGGAACGACUCCUCGAGCACAUUCAGAGUACUCCGAAUCUCUCGAUCUCUCAGCUGUCGUAUACCACCACAGCUCGCCGCUGGCAUCACCUUCACCGUGUGAGCAUCACCGGGUCCACCAUCACCGAGGUGGAGCGCAGCUUGAUAAAGGCCAUCGCCAAUGGAGACGGUAUCAACCGUCCCAAGACCAAGCCCAACGUCGUUUUUGCCUUCACAGGUCAAGGCUCACAGUACCUUGGUAUGGGUCGACAGUUGUACGAGGCAUAUCCGAAAUUCCGUGACGCCGUUGAUCGCUUCGACCGUCUCGCGCAGAGUCAUGGCCUCCCUUCUUUUCUGAACAUCAUCACCUCUGCUGAGGGCGACAUGGAUGCCAUGCUCCCCGUAGUGGUGCAGGUCGGUCUGGCAUGCCUUGAAAUGGCCCUCGGUGACCUCCUCCAAUCCUUUGGGCUCAGGCCUAGCGUUGUCGUGGGCCACAGUCUUGGAGAGUACGCGGCGCUGUAUGUGGCCGGUGUCCUUUCAGCGUCUGACGCGAUUUAUGUCGUCGGGAAGCGAGCCGAGCUUCUUCAGGAACGCUGUCAGCGCGGUACCCAUUCUAUGCUAGCCGCUAGAGCUUCAGCUGCCUCUCUUACCGAGACGUUGGAAGGGUUGAGCUGUGAUGUUGCGUGUAUCAAUGGCCCGCAUGAUACUGUCUUGAGCGGCUCGAUCGAGGAUAUCACCGAGGCGCAACGCGUCCUCGCUGGAAAGGGGAUCAAGGCGACAGUAUUGAAGCUUCCGUUCGCCUUUCAUUCGGCUCAGGUGCAGCCGAUUCUGGAAGACUUUGAGAAACUGGCAGGUGGGGUGUGUUUCUCAAAACCGGCUGUGCCUGUCUUGUCGCCACUAUUGGGCAAUAUCAUUAACGAGGAAGGUGCCAUCGGUGCCAACUAUCUUGCCAGACAUUGCCGCGAGGCGGUCGAUAUGGUCAAAGCUCUCGAGACAGCCAGAGAUAAGGGCCUCAUCAACGAUAAGACCAUCAUCGUCGAGCUUGGGCCAAAACCGUUGCUCAGUGGCAUGGUGAAGAUGACACUCGGAAACAACAUGACCACGCUAUCCACUCUGCAUCAGAAUACAGACGUCUGGCCUAAUCUCACCACCAUCCUGUCGACCAUCUACACUGCUGGUCUCGACGUCAACUGGGUCGCCUAUCACGCUCCUUUUAACUCGGCCAAGAAAGUGAUCCCUCUACCUGACUAUGGCUGGGACUUGAAGGAGUACUACAUCCCUUACGAAGGCGACUGGUGCCUGCACCGCCACGAGAUCAAAUGCGACUGCGCUGAUGCCGGCAAAGAGGUGCACACUUCUGCCUAUCAGGUGCCCACCGAGUCGCCCCUUCGCAAGCCAUCAAAGCUGGAUGCCACGAAAGAAGCCUACCCUGAAAUUAAGACUACAACCACUGUCCACCGUGUGGUUGAAGAGAAGACAGAGCCGUUGGGAGCCACCUUUAUAGUCGAAACAGACAUGUCCCGUGCCGAUGUCAACCCUAUUGCACAAGGCCACCUCGUCGAUGGCAUCCCCCUCGCCACGCCUUCAUUCUACGCCGACAUUGCCCUCCAAGUCGGCAGAUACUCCAUGGCCCGACUCCGAGCCGGACACCCAGGAGCCCUGGACGGUCUUGUUGACGUGUGUGAUCUUGUUGUCGACAAAGCCCUUAUUCCCCACGGACAAGGUCCCCAGCUCCUCCGCACUACCUUAACAAUGAGUUGGCCUCCCAAGGCAGCCGCCACCACCCGGAAAGCCACCGUCAAGUUCGCAACAUAUCUCCCCGACGGAAAGCUCGACACGGAGCACGCCACCUGCACAGUCCGCUUCACGACAGAUGCCCAGCACAAGUCCCUCCAAAAGAAAGUACCCGACUACAAGGCCAAGAUCCACCAGCUCCACGAUGGCAUGGCGAAGGGAAGAUGCCUCCGAUACACCCGCAAGAGCGGGUACAAGCUCAUGAGCAGCAUGGCUACUUUCCACCCUGAUUACAAGCUCCUCGACAAUCUGAUUCUCAAAGAGGCAGAAAAUGAAGCAACUUGUAAGAUGAACUUUUCCGAUGCCAAGAGCGAAGGGGACUUUGCUGCCCAUCCAGCGUAUGUGGAUGCCAUCACCCAGGUGGCUGGGUUUGCCAUGAACGCCAGUGACGAGACGGAUAUUGCCAAGGAGGUGUAUGUCAACCAUGGCUGGGGGUCGUUGCAGAUCUAUGAGCCGCUAGUGAAGGGGAAGGAGUAUGAGGUUUACACCAAGUUCAGCAGGGAUAAGGGGGGUGAUCUUGCUCACGGUGAUGUGGUUGUUCUGCAUGGGGACAAAGUGGUGGCGUUCUUUGGGAAUCUGUCGCUGCGGAACGUGCCACGAAAGGCAUUGCAUGUUGUGCUCAAGUCAGCACUUGACAAAGGCAUCCGUCAACGCGGCGGAAACCCGACAGCUCCUGCAAAGUCCAAGCCAUCAUUUGUUGAUGUCAAACCAACGCCUGCUCCGAUGACGACGAAGCAAGCAACCCAGCCAGCGCCAGCCUCAGACCCGGUGAAGAAAAGGACAGCCCCUAAACCCAAGGCAAAGACUUGCGGGACACCCAAUGAUGAGAAGUUCCACGCGGUCCUGCGGGUUGUUUCCGAGGAGAGCGGUGUUGCUCUCGAGGAGCUCACAGAUGAGAGCAACUUUGUCGACAUGGGCAUCGACUCACUGAGCUCCAUGGUGAUUGGCAGUAGAAUGAGGGAAGACUUGGGCAUGGACAUGGCCUCGGAAUUCUCGCUCUUCAUUGACUGCCCAACUGUUGGUGCCUUGAGAAACUACUUGGGUGCUUCUUCUACCGCAGCAGAAGUAGAAGAUGACGAAGAUGACGAAUACCAUGACGCCGAGCCAGUUGCAAGUCAACAGACACCAGACCCAUACCUUGCACAUGUUACAACCCGAGCUUCCGAUGUAUUGGCAAUACCCACCACGGAAUCUGGCGCAGCCUUCGACAGCAGCCAGUUUCCUGCCGCACUGAAGAUCAUCUCUGAGGAAAGCGGCGUCGCGAUUGAAGAACUCACCACCGAGACAAUCUUUUCCGACAUUGGCAUAGACUCCCUCAGCUCCAUGGUCAUCUCCAGUCGUUUCAAAGAGGAACUCGGCCUAGGCCUCGACUCAGCCUUCUCCCUCUUCGACGACGUCCCCACCGUGGCCAAACUCUCCGCGUUCCUCAACAACAACAACAACAACAGCAGCAGCAGCAAUCUUGCUCCGGAAGAAGUCGCCUCGAUCUCUUCCACCACCUCAGAUCUAGACCAUAGUUCCUCUAUCCACGAAAGCAGCAGCAGCAGCGCCAGCGAACCCGAGGAUGACGACAACGAUACCCCCCCAUCCAUCAAGCGCGUGCCACACUGCCGUCCCUGCACGUCCGUCAUCCUCCAAAGCCUCCCCCGCGUCGCAAAAAGAACCCUCUUCCUUCUCCCGGACGGCGGCGGCUCCGCAUCCUCCUACGUCCCCCUCCCCCGCCUCAAAUCCGACGUCGCCGUCGUCGGCCUCAACUGCCCCUACGCGCGCGACCCCGAAAAUAUGAACUGCACCCACACAGCCAUGAUCGAGUCUUUUUGUGCCGAAAUCCGGCGCCGCCAACCCCACGGGCCAUAUCACCUAGGCGGGUGGUCCUCGGGUGGGGCGUUCGCCUAUGUCGUGGCGGAGGCGCUGGUGAAUUCUGGGGAGGAGGUCGGGAGCAUCAUCAUCAUCGACGCGCCGGUGCCACAGGUGAUGGAGAAGUUGCCGGAUAGCUUUUACAAGCAUUGUAAUAGUGUGGGGCUGUUUGCGAAUCAGCCUGGGGGGCAGGGGGGUAGUGCUGAGCCGCCGGGGUAUUUGAUUCCGCAUUUUCAGGCGGUGGUGGAUGUCAUGUUGGAUUACAAGGUUGCUCCGCUCAAAGCCAUCAGUGGUAGGAUGCCCAAGGUGGGCUUGAUUUGGGCUGCUGAGACUGUGUUGAAGGAGAGCGAGGCGCCGAAGAUGAAGGGGAUGCAUUUUAUGGUGAAGAAGAGGGUUGAUUUUGGACCGGAUGGGUGGGAUGGGGUGCUACCUGGGGCCGAGUUUGAUAUUGUGAAGGCGGAGGGGGCGAAUCAUUUUACGCUUAUGAGCAAGGAGUAUGUCGGGUUGAUUAGCGAUCUGAUUGACCGUGUUAUGAGUGGUUAUACUGGGUGAGAAGAUAUGGGUAAGGGUUACGACUGUGACGAAGUUAUGAGUUCUAUUCACUGUCUAGGCGAGUUGGGAUAUUUUGAGUUCGUUGGCGUUUUCUGGAUGGUCAGGCUUGAACUUGUAUCUCUGAUCUCUUAUGACCAGUUGGGAUUUUAUUGCUAAUCCCUUGUCCUUCGUAUUGCUACCUCGUUCGUUCUGGAGAAAUGGUUCAUUCGAUUCACGUUAAUGGGCGUAACCCCUAAAUGUCUUAUUGCUCG